AUGACGGUUGUAUUCAUUAAAGAAAAAAAAGGGAGCACCUAUUAUGUGCCAGAACCGGUGCUGCACGGACGCGGACUGCGGAGGUCGUGCCCAGGGACUACAACUCCCAAGGUGCUCCGCGCCCUCGCCGCCGCCGCCGCCGAGACCAAGAUGGCCGGGAGGAUCGUCGCCUUCUUCAAGAAUGUCUGGGCCAAGGAGCCGGUGCUAGUGGCAUCCUUCACCAUCGCCGGCCUCGCUUUAAUUCUGCCCGCAAUCAGCCCCUACACCAAGUACUCCACCAUGAUCAACCAGGCCACACCCUACAACUACCCAGUGCCCCUCCGAGAUGACGGGAACAUGCCCGACGUGCCCAGCCACCCGCAGGACCCCCAGGGCCAAAGCUUGGAGUGGCUGAAGAAACUGUGAUCUCUGCUGACAGGGAGAGGUGCCCUCCUUGACGGCCCCCAAUAAAAAUGUGAAAACCAA